GGGUUAAUAGAUAGUUUUGGUUUAUGCCUAAAUCUGGAUUUCAUAUGUCUGCUGUCGAUGCAUUAUAUUAACCUUAAGAUCUUACUGUCCCAAUAUAAGUUCGAUUUGUGUUCUUAUUCUUUGUUUUCCUUUCCUUCGCGUGGACCCAUUUGUGUUGAUAAACAAGCUACGUGACGUCAUUUCCGGAACGAAUGUUGCUCGUGGGAGCUAGCGUCCCUUCUCUCGGGUUGCUGCUCAUACCGGGAAAUACAUCAUGAAUUGCCGCUCGGAGGUUCUUGAGGUGACCGUGGAGGCGCGGCAGAUCGAUGAAGCGAUGUUGGCGUUACUGCACACCAUCCUGCUGCAUCGCAGCACCGGGAAAUUUCACUACAAAAAGGAGGGCACGUACUCCAUCGGUACCGUGGGGACAGCAGACAGUGACUGCGAUUUCAUCGACUUCACCUUCGUCAGGGUGUCGUCUGAGGAGCUGGACCGGGUGAUCAGGAAAGCCGUUUGCGAGUUUAAGGAUGGUCUGAACAACUCAGGGAGUGACGGCAUGGGUCAGAUCUCCUUGGAGUUCUACCAGAAGAAGAAGUCUCGCUGGCCCUUCUCAGAUGAGUGCAUCCCGUGGGAGGUGUGGACCAUUAAGGUCAACGUCGUCAACCUGGCCAAUGAGCAGGAGAGGCAGAUCUGCAGAGAGAAAGUGGGGGAGAAACUGGGGGAGAAGGUCAUCAACGUGGUCGAGGUCAUAAACCGCAACGAAUAUCUGCCCAAAAUGCCCACACAGUCUGAAGUGGACAAUGUUUUUGACACCAGCCUCAAAGACGUCCAGCCGUAUCUGUACAAAAUCACCUACCAGAUCACCGAUUCCCUGGGCACUUCUGUGAGCACCACUAUGAGGAGACUGAUCAAAGACACGCUGGCGCUGUGAGGAUCAGAAACCUGUCUUUGUGCUAAAGUACUUCUGUAAAAAAAUAUCCUUCUUUUUGUAGUUAAGGAUUCUGUUUUCAACAUUUUAUUUUCCAAUUGCCUAAAUCAGACUGUCUGUAAAUCAUUGUGCAUUAUAUCCAUAAAUGUUUUGUCAACAAACUUCUUUCUUGUUAAAGGGAAACUUUGAUUUUCAGGCCAUUUUUUGAGAGUGAAACAGAUAAAGUCUGAUCCUCGCAUAAAGUCUUGUUCAGAAGGAAGCAAGUUUCUUCUCGACCGUUUCCUGCCUUCAUGGUGAAUGUGACCUAACCCAAGGUGAAGAACAGGAUUUCCAGUUUGCUGUUUUCCAAAUAAAAACAAACGUUUCCUUAGUUCGCUCCCUAGUUUCCAGACAAGGUUGCCGUGACCCGCUGCACUAAACGGGUCACGGCAAAGUUUAAAAACUAAACUUUGUCACGCUAAACGUUUGUUGGAGCUGCCAUCAGUGAAGAUUCAUGACACCCUAUAAAGGACAGCAUUUCAUGACAGCCACACUUCAGAGGACAGUUUUAAUAAGAAAAUAAACAUAACUUUUUUUUAACUGCUAAAACAUUUGGUGGAGAACCGGACUAAGUGACUCCUCCCCCCUGGCAUUCCAAACAGGAAGUACUCGCUGGUUCCAAGAAGCCCAAAUCCCCAAAUCCCAUGAACUUUUAUAGACAAACGAACAGCUAUUACUCAUUCUAUUGGUCAGAAUAACCAUUCUUGCUCUGCUAACCUUUACAUGUUGAUAAUCUUCAUUGUCUUUCAUGAUAUUUUUUCUGUAGUGAAGGUUAUUCAAGUUAUAAACUGACCAAUCAGAUGGCUCAAUAAAAGACUGUGGUCUCACAUCAAAUGUU